CAAAAACGGAACGAAUGCCGGCAAGCAAACAAAACACAGGCCGGGGGAAUGUGGACUGAAUUAGAUGCGGCCUGGUCGAUCGACCACACCAGACAGACAGAGAGAGUUGGAUUUUCUUCCUUCUUCUACUCUACCAUCCAAUCUCUCAAAACUUGGUUAGAUAUGCCUCUGCCUCUUCUUCCCCUCCUCCCAAUUUCGCAUUUGCAGAGGAACCCUCUUCCUAAACCCACCUCAAAGCUGUAAUUAUAACCAAUCAGCAUAGGUAAAAGGAAAAGAAUAUGUUGGUGCUGCAGGAUUGUUGCCGGAGCUCUGCCUCAGCUGGCAGCUCCGACCUCAGCCGUUUCUGCUCUGCUUCUCCUUCCACUUCUUCUUCUCCCUCCCAAUUGGGCUUCUUCCUCCAGCAUCCCAACAUCAAACCCAAGCCUCCCCAGUUUUGUUUCAGACCCAGAAACCGCAGAUGCAGCUCGAUUUGCUUCAACUUGGUUGAAAUCGAGGAUAUUGCUGUAUCCCUCGCCCACAACAAGGUGUUGGUUGCAGCUGGAGUAUCGGCAGCGAUAGGUCAGCUGUCCAAACCCUUCACUUCCGUGCUCCUUUACCGUAAAGGUAGCAGCUUUGAUUUCAGGUCUGCCUUCCAGGCCGGCGGCUUCCCUUCUACCCAUUCCUCUGCUGUUGUAGCUGCCGCUACUUGUCUCGCCCUUGAAAGGGGCUUCGCCGAUUCGAUUUUCGGGCUCACUGUGGUUUAUGCUGGCCUCGUCAUGUAUGAUGCACAGGCAAGUCAAUUCCCUCAACCCAACCUUUCCUUUCCGUCUAUACUCUAUAGUGUUGUCUUUUGGGUAUUGAACAGCGCCUCUGAACUUCAGUCCAUGGACCUUAAGCAAACAGCAAUGGAUGUGUUACUACAUGCAAUGUGGCUGGAUUCCUUGGUCAUCGUGUGUGUGUGUGUGUGUGUGUGUGUUUGUCUCCAGGGUGUGAGAAGAGAAGUAGGUAGUCAUGCAAAAGUGAUAAACAGAGUACUGCUGCUGCCGCCUGACUUGAAUAGUAAGCCCGAUGACGACGAAUGGCAGCAGAAGCAGAAACAUAAGCAGAAGCAGAAGCAGGUGGUGACAGCUAGCACUAGUACUGCCAGGAGCAAUCAAUUACAGACAACAGCUACUACUCAAGCUCUACUAUCCAAUGAUAGCAGUACUACUACUAAGGAGAUCAGCACUAUCUGCAAUCCUCCUCUGAAAGAAUCCAUCGGCCACACUGAAAUUGAAGUUGUAGGUGGUGCCAUCCUUGGCUUCCUCGUUAGCAUACUGGUUUUUGACAUCCUGUCCUGACUCCAACUUGUUCAUUUGCUUGUAUUAUGGGCCGUUUCUUUGUUCGAUACAUUGAAUGGCUGAUCCAUUGGGGUAUGUUAGCUUCUGGCUUAGGUAUCAUUGCCAAGUGGAAAGUAAGUAGAGCAACAAUGGCUGCAAACAUUAUACAUCAAUGAGUGUUCAUCUAUCAUUUUCCUUCAGUUUCGGAU